CACAGCCCGCGCGCCAUGGAGCCACAGCAGCCGCAGCAGCAGCAGCCGCAGCGAGGCGACUGGGCGUGCGUGCCCGCCUCCUGUGUGGCGCGCAGGACGCACAACCCGCUGCGCACCAUCGUCGAGGAGCUGGCCAUACAGCCCAACCCCGACAAGCACCUCAUCGCGCUCUCCAUAGGUGACCCUACGACAUUCGGCAACCUUCGGCCGGCACCAGAAGUGGUGAAGGCGCUACACGAUAGCAUCGACUCCGGCAGCUACCACGGUUACGGCCCUUCUGUCGGUCAUCUGGAGGCACGCGAAGCAGUGGCGAGGUAUUCUUCGACAGAGAAAGUGCACGUUGAGGCCAAGGACGUCGUCCUCUGCAGUGGUUGCUCGAGCGCUCUUGACCUGAGCAUAACUGCCCUAGCCUCGCCAGGACAGAACAUCCUGAUGCCACGACCUGCUUUCCCGCUCUACAGGACACUCGCUGAGUCUAUUGGCGUCGAAACCAGAUCCUACAACUUGUUGCCAGAGAACGACUGGGAAGCCGAUUUGAACCAUCUGGAGAGCCAAAUUGAUGAAAAUACGGCGGCAAUAGUUGUAUGCAAUCCUUCGAAUCCGUGUGGUUCGGUCUUCAAGAAACAACAUCUAAAGGAUAUGUUAUCCAUUGCAGCAAGGCACAAAUUACCGAUAAUAGCUGAUGAGAUAUAUGAACACAUGGUAUUUCCUGGACAUGAGUUCCAUCAUCUGGCCUCUCUUUCAGAAGAAGUGCCCAUACUUUCAUGCAGUGGGCUCACAAAGAGGUUUCUGGUGCCUGGCUGGAGAAUGGGGUGGAUUAUCAUCCAUGAUCGAAAUGGUUUAUUUGAUAAGGAGAUCCGAAAGGCUCUUCAAAGCCUCAGUCAGAGAACUAUUGGUAGUAACACACUGGUACAAGGAGCCAUUCCUGCCAUACUCAGCAACACACCACAGAAAUUCUUUGAAGACACCAUAAAAGUAUUACAGGACAAUGCUGAUCUUGCAUAUGACAUUUUAUCUGAAGUGAAGGGCCUUCGUCCAGUAAUGCCUCAGGGUGCUAUGUAUAUGAUGGUAGGAAUAACGGUAACAUUAUUUCCAGAAUUUUCUUCAGACCUUGAUUUUGUUGAAAGACUUGUUAGUGAAGAAUCAGUGUUCUGCUUACCAAGUCAGUGUUUCAAUUACCCAAACUACAUGCGUCUCGUGCUGACAGUUCCAAAAGAACAAAUGGAGAAAGCUUGCAAAAGAAUAGCUGCAUUCUGCCAGCGUCAUCACCAGGACUACCUUUCAAAGCGAAUUUCAUCUGUGAGCAUUACAUGAUGUAAAAGAAUCUUAGAUUUCUUAAAAAGCUACUGAGCUUAUGCUGAGCACCCACACCUAUUAUCUAACAUGUUCCUCCUCAAGAAUAAUGAGAAGUACGUGAAUGAGUUAUAUUUAUGAUUGGAUCAGAUUUCUAAACAUACUUCCUGAAGUCCGGAGACCGCUUUUCUUAAUUGUGACUGGAAUAUUCAGUGGAGGUGAAAAAUAGAAAUCUAUACAUGUGAUGAAGUUAAGCAAUUUAUAACAACUUUGUACAUACAAAACAAUACACUUAUUGUUUAAAAAGCUGAAUAAAUUUCAUGUUUGUCAGAGGAGAGAUUGUGAAUAUGCAUCAGGUUAGACUUCUGUCUAUCUGUGCAUUAUUUCUUGUAUUAUUUGAUUAAAGCAACAUGCUCCAUUUCACUGAAGUUUCAUAAAAUACCUACUAAAAUAGAUAUCAAUAGGCAAUCCUUUCCAGAGUGAUAGAUUUAAUUAUUUUAUUUGUUUUAUAUUUUUUACUGAUUUCAAUAUUCACUGGGCAUAAGUAUACGACUUCAUGUAUGUAUCUUUACAACUUUGUAUUAAAGAAUGGGAUGACUGAGGGGAAAAAAGGAGAAAAUAUAAUUUAUGCAUGUUUCUAAAGUGGAAUACAUAAGACCUGUAUCAUAGACAAUGUAAGAUAAUUUUACAGUAAAAUAGUGAAAAUGAAAUGUGUAAAAUUAUUUGGAGAAUGUUUUCUUGCAGAAUGCAGUCAUUUUUCUGAAUAAAUACACAUUGUCUCUUAAUAACCAUUAACCUUUCUCAUUAAACCCUCAAACUGUUCACAGCCUAUUUAGAAUGCAUUCAAUAGUUCAUACAGUGCUUCUGGGUAUUCAGCCAAGUUGUUGUUUCCAUAUUAUGGAACUUUUAUUUCAUCAAUCA